AUGGCCAGUGCGACCGUGAACCAAACCGACGACCACCAGCCCAAAUCGCCAUCAUAUUUUUGCUGGAAGGCAACGUACACACGCGGUGUUGGCCGUGUGCCGGGAUCGUGCGCGGCCGGACAAGAGCGCCUGGGUCUGCUGUGCUAUGACAAGUGUCCAUUGGGCAUGAUCCGCGUAGGCCUCGACUGCCAUUCGAACUGUCCCGAUGGGCUCGUAGACCAAGGACUGUUUUGCCGCAAGAGUGAAUACGGCCGGGGAUUUGGGUACCCGUGGAAGUUUGGCGACUCCCUGAACGCCAAUGGCAUUUUCCAACGCUGCGAAAAGGACUACGGGAAGGACAAGUGCGAACAAUCGGAGUUGGUUGUGUACCCCAAGUGUAAGCCGGGCUACACUUCGUUUGGUUGUUGUAUCUGUCGACCUCACCCUCCCAACUGCACAUCCCUUGGCUUGGGCGGCGGGUUGGACUUGUCGUGUGCCAAGAAAAUCACGAUUGGGGCGCCUAAGUUCGGCACGUGCGCUGCCAACGAAGAUCUCGACGCAGGGUUGUGCUACCCCAAGUGCAAACCUAACUACACUGGUGUUGGCCCAGUGUGCUGGGGCCGCCCUCCUCCCUCGUGGGUGCACUGCGGAAUGGGGGCCGCAAAAACCAUAUACCAUUGCGUCGCUGUCGUCGCCAACCAAGUUCUUGCGGUGGUGGUGUUUGCCUCCAAUAUCGCCACACGGUUUAAAGGCAUCUCGCCCAAGGUGCUCACUGGCGCUGCGGACAUGUCCCAGGUCGCCGAGUUGUCAACGUUGUGGAUGAAAGCCCAUCCGUACCUCGCAAAGAAAGUCUUACCUAAGAGUGCCAUCUUCACCGUCGAAGACCUCGCACGUACCGCAAUUGCCCUCAUGGCCGUCCUUGAAAAAACUGGCGUCUUGGAUGUCGUAGCGGCCAACUUGUUCCCCACUUGCGACAAGAUUGAAGGCAUAUUGAACGGGCAUGGGUAUAUUCCUUGA